UUCACUAAAAAAAUAUAAAUUUUUAUUUUCCAGGGACGAGGAAGCAACCAAAUGGAAAGCGCUCCAGAACAGCUUACUCGAGCGCCCAAUUGGUUGAGCUGGAGAAGGAAUUCCAGUGUGGACGCUACCUCUGUCGCCCGCGCCGGAUAGAAAUGGCAGCCAAUCUCUGUCUGACCGAGCGCCAGAUCAAAAUUUGGUUCCAGAACCGGCGCAUGAAGUACAAGAAGGAGCAGAUGUUGAAAGGUACUUCAGCAAAGUCAGGGACCAGCCAAAACGAAGAUCCAGUUCACAACAACGAGCUGGGAAACGUGUCCCCGUCCGAUGCGUCCUUAAACUGGACCAUCCAGGGGGGCACGUAUCAACAGAACACCCUCCCGGCACCGAUUGACGUACGCAUUCCGUACGUCAAUCCAACCAAUCGGCCGAAUACCAUGGAUACUCUGCCUCACGAUCCCCGGGAAAUGUUCAACUGUGCCCAGUACCCCGGACCAUCCUACUUGAACAACAUGGACACCAUCAAUCAGACUCUCCACCAACAACCACCGCCUCAACAAUCCUGCAAUUACUUCGGACAGGAACAAUGGAAUGAGCAAAAUCAGUGUUCCUAUCCGUUGGAGAGCUACGGAUACCCCCCGUGCGAACGAACGUGGCCUUCCUGUGCAUUCGCUGGCAGUGGUCAGCAAGUGGGAUGUAAAUUGGAGGGUGGGCAUCCAGAUGGUUCGAGUGAUCUGUCAUUGGUCACCGAUCAAUUGAACUUCUGGAUGAAUGAUAAUCCUUGCGAGUUGCAACCCUUAGAUUUGAACAGGAGCUUUGAAGAGAUCGUUCGAAGCAACGUUCCUUCAGAGUAUCAGGAAAUAACUUCUGAUCUCUUGAAUCUCUAA